ACGCCGCUGCUUGGGGUUUCAGAAGGAGUAAUGCGAGAUGACACGGUGGAAGGAAGAGAAAAUGGUUACUUGCCGGGAUCGAACCUGGGACCUUCCGAGAAGGAACACUAUAACAGGCUGCUCACCGAGUGGGACGUGGAGAACUUCCUCGAUGGUGUUUCCGCCGGAGGGAUGAAAGAAAAUUCGACCACGGUGGUAACUAGUGCGCAACCGAUGGAUCUGGCCAGUGAUGACAGGACGUCCUCUGGUGGUCAUAGUGAUAAUAAGAGUGCCGCUAUGCGAGGUCCGCCUUCUACUGAGACUUGUGGAAGGAAUGAGGAGAAGAUGGAGGAGGAUAUCUUGAAGUCGGCAGUUCACGCCCCUGAAGAUGCUUCCCCACGCGCUGCUAUUGUAGCGAAUAGUGCAGGCAAGAGCCUUUUGGGAGAUGGAACCGCCUUGACUCGAGAUAUGCCAAGGAGCGUUUCGGGUGGUAGUGGAACGGUGCCUCGGGCAACUACUCCUGGUGAGUUGUCUGUACGGAAGUACACAUGUCGCUUCGAUAUUGGCAUCGAGAACGACAAGGAAUUCCAGGUGGCGAGGCGAAUCAUCGGUCAAAAAGGCGCGAACAUGAAGAGAAUAGUCAGCAUGUCGAAUGCAAAACUGCGCUUGAGAGGACGGGGUUCGGGGUAUCUUGAGGGAGCUGCUCGUGUCGAGUCACCAGACCCUCUUCACCUCUGCAUAAGUUGUCUCACUAAAGAAGGUUACGAAAAGGCCGUGGCAGAAAGCGCAAAUUUAUUAGAGAAAAUUUACUCGGAUUGGAGAGAAUUUAAUAUCAGAAAACAUCGUGGGAACCCGGGAUAUCUCAAACUCCACAUGAAGGAGCAGUUCUUGUUCAGCGGGAAAGGAGCUGAUGGUCCCCAAAGAAGUUGUUGGUCGAGGAAUACAGAUAAACUCACGAGCGCAUCUGCUGGUAGAAGAGUUCACAGCAAGUUACGAUCAUAACUCCUUUUGCAGGCUGCAGGCACCUGCACUAUAUAGUCGAUCAAUCGACAACUGCUACGUUUGCUAUGGAAGGAUGCUCUUGUAUGUACACUCGUUGUGAUUAUGUUGUCCAUGCGUGCAGAUUCAUUGUGUCAUCUGUCUCCUCUUCUUGAAUGCUGCGUGAUGAUGCUAGAAUGAGUGCAUUUUCCCUCUCGUACUGAUAUUCAUUUCUGUGUUUGUUACUUUACUUUUAAGCUUCCU